AUGGAAUCGCCAGUAGCGCUCGAUCCGUCCGACGAGGCUCCUACUCCAUCGCAUCAGCCUCAGGGAGACAAUACGGGCGAUACUCGUGAGGAUGUUUCCCACGGUGUUGUCGGACAGUUGCCUGGCAGUGAUGGCAAAACGCGUCCAAGGCGCCCACGCGGUCGUCACGCAAAAGAUCCCUUGGCAAAGUCCAUAGCGAUCAAAUGUCAAAGAUUAGAAGAUUUUGAGGCCCAGCUCAAGGAGCAUUUGGCAGAUUCGAUCCUUGACCGCGAGCACACCACGCUGGAGUUUGCCUUUCCUGUCAGUGCCGCCUUCAUGGUGGCUGUGAGGGAGCCUACGAAUGGGGGAGAUCUCACUGAUAGAAAGACGCCAUAUACGUACAGCCCUUUCAACAAGACCGCAAUCACCGUCGUGGACGCUCUGCACAACAUUCAAGACCCUGUCGAACGGGCGAUUAUGCUGAAAGGCAUCAGCAAGACCCUCGUCGAAGCCUGUCAAGAAGUAGAUGGAUAUCGCUACAGCUUCCACAAUCAUUGGAUCAGUCGAGAAGCCCAAGCAAGCAGAUUCUCAUACUACUGCAAUGAUUCGGUGCUCAACAAGGGCCGUGCUGCCAAUGAGGGUGCCUCCAAGAUCAAGGCUGGCACCAAGGUUCGCAAACCAGUCUAUGACUGCCACGGCUUGAUCUCGGUCAAGUUCUCCGUGACGAAGAACAAUCUGGAACUCCACUACAAACACAUUCCUCUUCACAAGACCUUUGAAGAAAGAGCCCCGCCUCCGCGCAACGGCUCAAGGCGCAAGCGUCUCCUUGAGAUUUUCCAUCCUGAAAAGCUCGUGAAACCGAAGAGGAGAAAGUCCAGUGUGCCUAAACCGCCGAAACCCAAGAAAUCUGCUACAGAGCCGCCCCGGCCUGUGGAGAGCGUGUCAACCACGCCAGCGAGAGAGAACAGUCUAGCACCCUUGUUCGACUUCCUCGGUAGGGUUGAACCGGACAAAGAUUCACCGGACACCUCAGAACCACCGACAGUCGACGUCAACGUCGACACCGUCAAGGAUGCCUGGGGCGACGGAAAGAUAAACAGGAAGAAAAUAUACCCCGGCAUGUCCAUCUGGAACCUUAGAGACCCCCAGAUACAAAAGGCGCACCGGAAAGCAAAGAAGACUUCACCUACUCACUCGGUUCCUGGGGCUCUACCACCUCCUGCCACCACGCCGGCUCCAGCAGUUGUGAUGCCCCCGAGCAGUAGCCAAACAGUGACACCGAUAACCCUGACCGAGUCAGAGCUCCGAGCCAGGCUCCAGCAGGCCGAGCAAAAGAUUCGCGACCUCGAAGCUGAAAAACAACGACGGGCAAGAGGACUUACAGAGCCGGCCCGUCCAACUACUCUACAAUUCCAGGCACCUCCACUGCCGCUGCCUCCCAACCCAGCCACGCCUUAUCCCCCUCCCCCUCCCCCUCCCCCAGCAUAUUUCCCUCCACCGCAGUUCCAAUUUGCUCCCGCUCCCCAUCCCAUACAGUGGAACUACAGUCCUCAUACUUACCCUCCCUAUCCUUAUACAUCACCUGGGCCGCCCAGUCUUCCCUAUCCUCAUUCUGCAUCAGGGAGUGCUCCAGCCGCAACACAUCCAUAUGCGUAUUCCAACCCAGGACCACCCAGUCUCCCCUAUCCCAACCCUGCACUGGGAAGCGCUCCACACCCGCAUGCGUAUCACUAUCCACCGCAACCUCUGCCUCCCCUUUCGCAGCAACGGCCUCCGUCGAACGCGCCACCGGCGUACGGCUUCGUUCCCAACCCCUUGGACCCCUUGGACCGUAUCACCACGAGGGGUGUCAGGUCACAUCUUGGUCCUCCUCAGCCUCCUGCAACGCCUGAUUCAAGCUCUGGCUCUCGCGUUGAACCACCACGCGUCGAAAUGCAACCUACGGCCCAGACUCCUCUAUCUUCCACAGAACCUCCGGCUGGGCCAAGUCCUCGUGGACCUUCCGCAACGGCGCCAGAGCCGUCGGACGAAACCACGUCCGUGACAGCUUCCGCAGGACCUGCCCAACCGGCGUCUAGCCGAGAAAUAACGCAGGCUUCGACCUCAACCUCAACGACCACGGCCGUGCCGUCAGCGCCAGAUCCAGAUCCAGAUCCAGAUCCGAACCAGAUCGACGGCCGGGACGGAAAAUAA